UAGAAUCAGAAAGAGCAGAGCAAAGCAAAGCAAAGCAAAGCAAAGCACAGAGAGAGAGAGAGAGAGAGAGAGAGAGAGAGAGAGAGAGAGAGAGAAUCGAUCGCCAUGGAUCUGAAGCAAGCGGGCUCCUCCCUCGAUUCCCUCGUCUCUUCCUUCAACACUCGCAUCGUCGAGCUUCAAGAUCUCGUCAUCGCCCGCAACAUGUACCCAGCCACCAGCGUGCCGGACCUCUCGCAAGCUGAUACGACCCUGAAGGCCAUGGAAUCUCAGAUCCAAUCCAUCAAGGACCGAUUGCAAGAGGAGAGGAGCGCCAUUCCUAAGGCUAAAGUUGCUUCUCCUCUUCAUCAUCUGACGGCACUGGAUUCGAUUUGGGUUUAUUUUGAAUUGGAUUUUAUUGGGUUUAUUUUGAAUUUGUUUUUAUUGAUUUCGAUGUUCUUCAUUCAGAAAAUCAUUGAGCUAUCCUUGCGUCAGCAGAGGAAGUUGCAACAAAUGCUCGCAAACGUCCCCUCCGGUAUGCGAGAGGCCAUGGUGUUGCCUGAGCAGACCCCUUCUCGUUCUCUAAUUGACGUACCGAAUUAUGAUCACCCGUAUGAAACUCUGGAGCUCAAGGAGGAGCCUGUUCCAUUGCCCAAGGAGAAGAAGGUUCGAAGCUCAGCACCUCGUUGGUAUGUCACUUCCGAGGAGCUUGAUUCCUUGUCAUCUUAUAUGAGGGGGAGGCUCACAUUCGACAAGGUCAACAUUGCUAUUAAUGAGAUUGCUACACUCGCUGAUGCAAAUUUUCAGCUCAUUACAGCCCCGAAGAAGAAGUUGACAGAAGACACUUGGGAAAAAGCUCUGGAACUUAGAGACAUCGCAACGGCAGAAACAGUGAGGGGGAAGCAUUUUUUUCUUGAGACUGAUAUUAAAGGACCAGGACUAAAGCUUGACAACACCGGGAAAGCAAUUUUAACUGUUCUCCGUCAUCUCGGUCGCAUUCAGGAAAUUCGCAUUGGCCAUCAUCGUGUGAUAACCCUUGCGAAACCCCAGUGAUAACUACAACUGAAAAACUUCUCGCUGCAUAUGUAGCAUUGUUGUAUCUAUUUACUUGACUCCUGCCAGGGAUUUGUACCGUGCAGUGUGUUUUUAAUUAUAAUGUUUUUCUGUUA